UUCAUUUGUUCCCCCAGACAAAACAAAAAAGAGUAAAGAGAAAAAGCAGAAGAAACCCUUGAUUUUAAUGUGGUUUGGCUGAUCGCUGUUAGGAAACAACAACCACGAUGUCGUUCCCAACAAGACUUCGUUAUAGAGCAUCUUCUCUCAUUCGUUACAAUCUAUCACUCCCUAUUACCACUAAUAUUUUAGAGGGCGUAAGUGACAUUCGUGAUGAAAGUGAUCGUACUGGAAUGCGUAUAGUCUUAGAGCUUAAAAAGGGUUCAGAUCCAUCCAUUGCUCUCGAAAAUCUGUAUCGUCUUACUGCUCUUCAAUCUAGUUUUAGCUGCAACAUGGUUAGUAUCAUAGACGGACAACCAAAGCUGAUGGGGUUAAAACAAUUGCUUCAGGCAUUCCUGGAUUUCAGAUGCUCUGUUAUUGAAAGACGUGCAAAGUUUAAGCUCUCUCAAGCCCAAGAUAGGAAACAUAUUGUAGAGGGCAUCAUUGUGGGGCUUAAAAAUGUGGAUGGCGUCAUUGAUAUACUCAGUAAAAGUUCAAGUAAUAUAAUAACUUCAGCUGCUUUGAGAAAUGCAUAUAACUUGUCUGAAACACAAGCUGAUGCUUUAUUAGGUUUGACCCUGAGAAGGCUUACUUUAAAUGAGUCAAAGAAGUACAUGGAUGAAGCUAGAUUAUUAACUGAAGAAAUUUGUAAGCUAAGUGAACUGCUGUCAAGCAAAAAACUCAUAUUAAAGUUGAUAGAACAAGAGGCAACUGAAUUAAAGAACAAAUUUUCAACUCCAAGACGCUCAAUGCUGGAAAAUGCUGUUUAGCACACCAGAUGACAUAGAUGUUACCUCUAAUGACGAAAGGCCUCAGCUUUCAGGCUCUUUGUGGGAAAUCUCUAAUUUCCAAAAAUGUGGUACCAUUGGAAAAUCUGUCGGGAUGAUGUGAAAAAUUGGUCAGGAUGUGAAACCUACUGCAUCAGCAUGAGAAGCAGAAGUGGUUUCCGAGUAACCGCGAUUGAAUUUGGUAGGAAUUGACUAUAACAAAUGCGGAAAAAGUAAGUAAUUCGGUCAGUGUAUAGUGCUUGUAUUGUCUAGCGUUAGUGAAAGUUUAAUAGAAACAGCGCCAUUGUAAGAGAACGGAACAGAUAGCGGUAGUGAACCUUUUGCAAUCUAAAAAUUGUGUAAGCUUUUGCAAUACAAAAAAAUUGUGCACUAUGAUUGGCUUACUGACAUAAACCUAGAUGAUGAUUAUCAAAGAUGUUUUUUGAUUGGUUUUAACAUUGCGAACUCAGGUUAUAGAGACUGCAGCCGGGUUGAUAUUACUUCCUGGACCUUUGAAAACGCUUUUUGGCCUGAGUAUGGUGAAAAGAAAGUACUGGUUCACUUUGGUGAGCUUUGAACCUGAGUAUG